AAGCUUUCUGGUAUGGAUUAUUUGCCGACAGUUAACGUGGAAAUACAAAUUUUGAGCCUUCAAGGCAUAUUAAUUACCUAAAAGAUACGUUAUUAAUGGAGAUAACUUCCAGUUCAAAGCAAACAUACUCUAAACGAAUAGAGGCAAUAAGAUUAGAAUAUAACCGCUACAUGUCAUUCGGCCAACAAAUACAAUAAACCGUUAGCAAUUCGUUGGAAAAAAGCUGUUGCCAAAUCAACUGCUCGUCAUUUAAUUUCUAGUCAACAUAAGUCCAAUACCUUUGUCGUUUUGUCCAUUUUUAAUUUUGUUCCGCGCUUAAAUCGCAAGCAUGUUUCCCUCCACGGUCAAGAUAAAUGGUGAAGUUAGGAAUGUCAGGUGUUUUAUAACAGAUCCGGUAAACCACCAACACUUCAUCGACGUAGAAAGUGUUAUAAUGGAUGCCCCUAAGGAACCAGUACGCAGAGAAUUACAUGACUCAAUUUUUACACGAGUGCGGCAACUUCCAGAGAACGUUGUUGGUGCCACAUUAGACCUUACUACCGGUCAAUACAGUUAUAUAUGGAAACCUGACCUUGGGUGUGUAUCCGACUCUGAGUCCAUAAACACCUCAUGUAGUGAAGAAUCAAUAUUCGAAGAAGGAAAUCCAGCUAGAAAACGUUCGUUUAAUAAACGAAUAUUGUCGAUUGUGCAGAAAAUCGACGAGAGAGUAAGUGAAUUCCGUGCUGAAUUGGGCAAUCAGCUAAGGGCUCUUCUUGACGACAAUGAGAGGGGAAGGGCUUGGCAAGAUCGUUUAAAUACGGUUUUAACAUUGCUUACCGAAGAAAUGGACCUACAUUGACUUAUACAUGCAGACAACCAAAUUGCUUCACAAUUACUAUAUUUUUAAUUGACCGCACACAAGUGAACGGCACAUAUU